GUACAACCAGUCAAAGUGCGCCAUUAGGACACUACCAGGUGUUUGCAUGUCCCUCUCUUGCGUCUGUCGCUCACUUCAGUGCUGCUCUUUCUCUUUGUGCGCGCAGUAAAUCAGAUCGAUACGGCACACAGCUGAUCAAACAGAUCUGCUCUCCAGCUCACAUCACCUGCUGCCUGCUUGCUGCUGUCGCAAGAGCUUCCUCUGACACAGUUGGGCCUGUGUGAUGCAGUAGUCUGUCAAGCCAGGACCUCGCUUGAGUUCUCCAGAAUGAGCUCCUCCCCUGGUCCAGUCCCUGCGUCAGUCUCCCCUGCCCUGGCCGAUCGAGGGGACUCGCCUAACCUCUUACCCCGUCUGUACACUUCCCCACUCGGCAUGGACAACCAGACCAUCUGCAUUCCAUCUCCGUAUUUGGAAGCCUGUCAGGAUUAUUCACCGCCGCACGGGGGUGAGUUCAACCAUGGAGCUUUAACACUCUACAGCCCGGUGUCCUCCGCAGUGCUUGGGUACCCUCAUCCCCCCGUGUCUGAAAGCCUGGUCCCGCUCAGUCCCACAAUCUUCUGGCCUUCCCACACCACACACACCGCGCUGUCUCUGCACUGCCCACCUCCACUGGCCUACAGCGAAACAUUCCCACACACUGCCUGGGAGGACGCCAAGACACACACGUUUAACCAGAGCAGUUCUGUCCUUACUCAUGCAAAGCUGUUAGGGCAGCAAGUGGAAGGUGCUGAUGGCUUGAAUCCUUCUCCAGGCAUUGUGGGUAAAGGAGACACGCACUUUUGUGCGGUGUGUCAUGACUACGCCUCUGGGUAUCACUAUGGUGUCUGGUCAUGUGAGGGGUGCAAGGCUUUCUUCAAACGGAGCAUUCAAGGACAUAACGACUAUAUUUGUCCAGCCACCAACCAGUGCACCAUUGACAAGAGCCGACGCAAGAGCUGCCAGGCCUGUCGACUCCGCAAGUGCUAUGAAACGGGCAUGAUGAAGUGUGGUGUGAGGCGGGAACGCUGCAGUUACCGUGGUGCUCGUCAUCGUCGAAACCCCCAGAUCAAAGACAGCUUGGGCGGGGCGUUAGGGGUCAGAGGUUGUUCCCAGCAUAAUUUAGAAAUUCCUCUCAAUCCCACUGAUCACCUCUUCCCUUCUGGGGGCAGAGCUGAGGGGUGUGUCCUGAGCUUCUCCCCUGAGCAGUUGGUGAACUGUAUUCUGGAGGCGGAGCCUCCUCAGAUUUGCCUGAAAGAGCCAGUGAAAAAGCCGUACACUGAGGCCAGCAUGAUGAUGUCACUCACCACCCUCGCUGACAAGGAACUGGUGCUCAUGAUCAGCUGGGCCAAGAAGAUACCAGGUUUCGUGGAGCUGACGCUUUCAGAUCAGGUGCAUCUAUUGGAAUGCUGCUGGCUGGAUAUUCUGAUGUUGGGAUUGAUGUGGAGAUCUGUGGAUCAUCCCGGGAAACUCAUCUUCUCACCCGACCUCAAACUGAACAGGGGUGAAUGGAAUUGUGUUGAAGGCAUCAUGGAGAUCUUUGACAUGCUGCUAGCCACCACCUCCAGAUUCAGAGAACUGAAGCUACAGAGGGAGGAAUACGUCUGUCUCAAAGCCAUGAUCCUUCUCAACUCCAAUAACUGUUCAAGCUUGUCACAGACUCCUGAAGGUGUGGAGAGUCGUGGGAAGGUUCUGAGGCUGCUGGACUCUGUGACUGACGCUCUGGUUUGGAGCAUCUCCAGAACGGGCCUGUCCUCUCAGCAGCAGUCCAUCCGGCUCGCCCAUCUGCUGAUGCUGCUCUCACAUAUUCGACACCUCAGCAACAAAGGAAUUGAGCAUCUGUCGAGCAUGAAGAGAAAAAACGUGGUGCUGCUGUACGAUCUUCUGCUGGAGAUGCUGGACGCCAACACGUCCCAGAGCAGCCGGAUGCUGGCGACACGUACAGAAACCUCUCUCCGGCCGGACACACAACAGACCCCAGAGAUCCUCCACACAUCCAGACCGCAGCCUGCACCGAGAGAGAGCGACCAGGAGACCCGGCACAGUCCACAUGCUGAAGAGACACUGCACUGUAGGACAUUGGACAUGGACACAGACUGACAAUCUUUCUUCUGUAUGGUAAUUGAAUUCGGACCAUCCAUACUUUUGUUCAAGCCGCUUGUAUGGUGUAGGGGAUUCGAACCAGACCUGUGAUCAAUGACAACCUGAACCAAACAGGGCUUUCAUAUGGCGUUUAGUCCUACUUCAACACAAUACAGUUCGAACUAUAUUGUUUCCUUUUUUGCCAUAAUGUCAUCCUGAAGAGAAUUUCAUCUCAUCCAAACCAAUCUCAAUCUUGUUCAAGAAAUCACAAAUGCUAUCUUUUUAAGGCUGUAUCCGGUUCUGUAUAACGUGAAAUGUGUUAUUUCUGUGCCACUAAUAGCA